UCAUCAUUGAAGCUGGAUAGAAAGAGGCAAUGCCACAAACCAUCCUGCAUUUCUUGUUCAUCGUUUCUUUUUCCACUGUCAACAGAUUUCUGAGGUUGAAAAAAUGGCUGACGGGAUCAUUGCCAUGCUACUAGAUCGGCUGUCUUCAACAAUUUAUGAAUAUGUGGACGGAGAGGUGAAACAUGUUUUGAAUGCCAAAAAACAUAUUGAAGAAUAUGCUGGCAAUCUCAGAGCUAUUCAAGUAGUUCUCGAAGAUGCGGAGCAAAGGCAGGUGACGGAGGCCAGCGUGAGGAUCUGGUUGGAUCAGCUCAAAGACAUAUCCUUCCAGAUGGUGGACGUGCUGGACGAGUGGAACACCGACAUGCUGAGACAACAGGUUGAGAAGCAAGAACGAGAAGGUGAAGAUGCUGUUGUUCCUAACAACAAGAAGAAGAAGGUAACUCUCUCUCUUUCCCCUAGCUGCUUUUGUUUUGGCAGAGUCAGACGGGUAAUUCUCCGUUCUGACAUUGCGCUUAAGAUAAAAGAUCUGAAUGUUAAGCUAAGCGCGAUUGAUGAGCAAGGAAAGAGGUAUGAGUUUCAACACAUAGAGAGAGGCAUUCAACAAUUACCUGAACGGCGGAAGACUUCGUCCUUCGUCGUCAUGUCAGAGGUAUUUGGUCGAGAAAAAGAAAAAGACAUUUUGAUAGCAAAGUUGUUGAGUGGUGAUCGGAGGGGGCUCCUUAUCAUCCCUAUUCUAGGGAUGGGAGGAAUGGGAAAGACAACUUUGGCCCAACUAGUUUAUAAUGACGUCAAAGUUAAAACCUUUUUUGAUAAGAGAGUGUGGGUUUGUGUCUCAGACCCCUUUGAUGAGGUUAAGAUUGCCAAAUCCAUAAGUGAUGAUGACACCCCAAGUUCAAACGAGUUGGAUCAUGUCUUGCAGUGCAUGUCAAGAUCCAUCGAGGGCAAAAGGUUUCUCCUUGUUCUAGAUGAUGUGUGGAGCGACGACAAUAAAAAGUGGGAACGCUUAAGGGCACCACUAAUCCAAAGUGGUGCCCAUGGCAGUAGAAUAUUGGUGACCACGAGAAAGCAUGAGGUUGUUGAUAUGAUGAGAGCAGCAAGUGACAUGGUUAAUUUGGGAGAGCUGAGUGAAGAAUAUUGUUUGUCAAUCUUCAAUCACAUGGCAUUUUCUGAUACAGAAGUAGAUGAGUCUAAGGUGUUUGAAGAUAUUAGUAAGGAAAUUGUAGGAAAAUGUAAAGGUUUGCCUCUUGCUGCAAAAACCUUAGGCGCUCUCAUGUACAAUAAGAAAACAAGGAGGGAAUGGUUAGAUGUUUUGAACAGUAAGAUAUGGGAGCGAGAAGAAGUGGAGCAAGAAGUUUUCCAACAUCUAUUUCUAAGUUAUUUUGAUUUGGCACCAGCAGUUAAAUGUUGCCUUUUAUAUUGUGCUAGUUUUCCUAAAGAUUACGAGUAUGAGAGAGAUGAAUUAAUUAAUCUUUGGAUAGCACAAGAUUAUCUUAAUUCAAAAGGGAUUAAAGAUAGGCAAGUUGGGGAAGCAUGUUUUGAUAACUUAGUAGCACGAUCUUUUUUUCAAGAUUUGAAGAAAGAUAAUGUCAGUGGUAAAAUUAUAGGUUGCAAAAUGCAUGAUAUUGUUCAUGACUUUGUGCAAUCUCUCACCAAGAACGAAUAUUUGAUCAUCGAGGAUGUUGGCAAUGAAAUAGAGGUUUUGGGUGAAAAGAUUCGCCAUUUGACCGUAAUAUUGGCAAUGGACAAUAUCCGACUUCCACCUUCUAAUGCAUAUUACAAUUGCAAAGAUCUGCGUACGCUCACAACAAAAAUCUCAUACUCGACGUUUGGUUCAUCCAUUGCUACGAUAGACUCAAAUUUCAUUUUACAAUUGAAAUGUCUUAGGACAUUAAAUUUGAGUGACAAUUUCAUUCGUGAAAUACCAGAGAAAAUUGGUGAAUUGAUACAUUUGAGGCAUAUUGAUUUGUCAUGGAAUGGUGGUUUGAAAAUAUUGCCAAACAGUAUCUGUGAGUUGUACAAUUUGUAUACCUUGCGCCUUUGUUGCUGCUAUUCACUUAAAAAACUACCUGAUAACAUAGGAAGGUUGAUUAGCUUAAAGCACCUUUAUGUUGAUCGAUGUCAUACGUUGGAGUACUUGCCAAAAGGGAUUCGGAGAUUAAAAGAAUUGAAAGAAAUAGAUGAGUGUGUUGUGGUUUGUGGUGACGAUGAGGACGUAGCAGCAUUAAAACUGAAAGAUAUGAGAGCCUUGAACCUCCAGGGCAGUCUCAGCUUAAAAUUGAAGGGGAAUGUGAAAGAUGAGAAGGAGCUUGAGAAAGCACAAUUGUGGCACAUGAAGCAACUCUUUCAUCUCAAAAUUGAUUCUAAGGAUGUCCAAUACAAGCAGACAAGCAGUACUGUUGAAAUACUGAAUGUCUUACGACCGUACGAAUAUCUGAAAUCUUUAAGCAUUUCUUAUCAUUCAGGCGACACCUGCCCCAACUGGAUGAUGUCAUUGCACAACUUAAGAAUCAUCUUUCUAUCGGGAUGGCGUGAAUGCAAGUUUUUGCCUCCUCUUGGGAAAUUGCCAAGCGUUGAAAAACUGACUCUAUGGGACAUGAAGAAGGUGAAAAAGGUUGGCGGUGAAUUUUUGGGAGUAGACAAAGAUGAAACAUCAUUGAAAUCAUCAUCAUCCUCAUUUUUCUCAAAGUUGAAACAACUCGAAAUUAGUUACAUGCCAGCGUUGGAAGAGUGGGAAGUAGGCUUGGAAGGGUGGAACAAAGAGAAUUCUGAAAUUUCAAUCAUGCCAUGCCUUUCCUCCUUAACAAUUAGUCGAUGUCAUCUUCUAAAAACACUGCCAGAAUUCCUCUGCAAAACACCGCUUGAUGAGCUUAUCAUUGAGAGAUGUCGCACACUUUCUACACUCUGUAAACAAGGCAGUGGAGAGGAGUGGCCCAAGAUUUCUCACAUCCCAAACAUUAAAAUCUCAUCCUGAAUUCAUUUGAUCUUCAAAGGACAUGAGUAAUGUGCAUCAAGUGGUGACUCGCUAGCUCGGCAUAUAACUAAUCUUCUUUGGGAAGGUAAUCAUUCAUCCGUACAUAUCAAAUUUCUACGGCGCAAGGAUUUGCUUAUCUUAGUUGCUCAAAUUUUCGCAUAUGAGAUACUGAGCGGAUAUGAGCCAAAAUAAGGAGCAUUAGUUGAAGACUUGAAGUCACCUUUAGGUUUCUUGUGAGAUUUGUUGUUUGGCUUUAUGGAUUUUGUCGAAGCGAAAAGCGUGAUGUCGACCAUCAACGUCCCCCACUCAAGUCUCAAUUGAAAUUUUGAUCAUCUUCACCAAUGACAUGAGAACUUGCAGGCACUGGAAAAUGAUUCCUCAAAGCAUUCCUCUGCUGACUCCUCAUUGCUUGGACCUGAGUGCACUGAAAGACUGGGAAGGCAUAAAGGAUGAUAAAAAGAGGAUUCCGACGUUAAAAUCAGGCCAUGCCUUUCCAUGUUACAAAUUAACAACUGCAUGCACAUAAAAGCACUGCCAGACUUUCUGUGCAAAAUCCCACUGCAGGAACUUAUCAUCUAUAGAUGUCCGAUGCUUUUCGAGCAAGGGAGUGGAAUGGAGCCGCCCUAGAUUUCUCACAUCCCAAACAUCAUACAUACAUGUUCCCCUUCUCUUGGAAAGCCGAAGACAAGAUCAUCAACACUCGACGAACCGUGAUAACAGCAUUUAUUUUACUGACUGAUGAGGGUUUUACCUAAACCAGGAUUUGCUAAUUGUCCUAGUUGCUGAAGCUUUUCGUGGAAUGUGAACCAAAGAAUUGUCAGCUUAAUUCAUCUUCAGGGAUUCUAUCGAUCGAAGCGAAAAGGAGGAUCAAUGUCGACCAUAAACGUCCCCCGUACUGAACUUUCAACUGAAAUUGUGAUCAUCUUCACCAUUACCAUGAGAAAUUGCAGGCAUUUGGAAAGUGAUUCCUUAAAGCAUUCCUCUGGUAACUCCUCAUUGGUUGGACCUGGCACAAUGAUACUAGAUCCUUCAUGGCCAUCUUUCAACAUGUCAAAUACGAUCAUGUGAACAAGGAAGCUAACGCCAUAUGUACUUUUAUUUUCUCUCAAUAAAUUUACCUCAUCGUCACUUUCCAUGAUAGCAAUGCUGGAGUGGGUUCGACUUUGUGGUUUAAAAAAAAAGAACAGGGAAGCUAACAGCAUUGCACAUAGAUUAGCACAAAAUGAAUUGACGGUGACAGAAUAUUUAGUUUGUUUUGAGGAGUCUUCAGACAUGAUUUUAAAGAAAAGUUAUCCUAUGUAAUGUUUUGGACCGUGGCACUUUUUUUUCCUUCAACUGAGUUGAAAUCUCCGACAAAGUUUUUACCA